GUCGUGGUCGUGGUCGUCAAAACAAGCGAAUCGGCUGGCUUCAAAGCCCCACGUUUUGCUUCUCAACGUUCAAGGGGCAUGUUUGGUGUUUCUCUCGCACGCACGCACGCACUUUGCUGCACAUGACAGCCGCCCCAAAGGUAUUUCCAUUCAUAUCAUGCAUGGCAUGGUAAAUCGCCUACCUUGAGGUAGGUAUGGUAUGGUGUGGUAUGUUAUGGCAUGGCCCGACUCGACACGCUGCGCACAAGACUCCUGUAUUAUUGCAGUACUGUAGCUGCACGAGCUACACUAGUUACACCAGCUGCACCAGCUGCACUACUCCGUACAGUAGUUACACUAACCUUACUACUGAAUAUCAAAACGAGCUCGAGAGGCUGACCUGACCGUCUGCUCCGUCUCCAGACCGGUUGGCGUUGGCGGUUGGCAGAAAGAAAUCCCUCGUUUCUUCGAAGCUAAGCCGCAGAGACCUUGACAGCGACAGUGACUAUGAUUAGGUACAGUAUCCUGCAAAUUGACGCCAAGUCAUUUGUGUCUCGCAAAGAUGAUACUGCGGUCCAUUCCCGCUGUCAUCUCCUGACCAUUAUAAUAUUGGAACGCUCGCUGCGCAAGGCGCCUGCAGACGCCACAUCACAUCACACCCCCCCAAGCUCAUCUUCAGCCUUGUAGGGCUCCUCAGAUGUGACUCUUGCUCAUCCGAACUUGGGGUCCGACCCCUUAACCUACGCUCAUAAUAUUCGUGUAGAUUCCUGCUGCAGCAUGAGAUUUGCAUGAGCAAGUCGAGACAUCGACUCAACCUCGAUCGAAGGCAGGUCAAGAACUACGUGCAGGCUCCAACUGUACCAUACAAUCUGAUUUAUUUUUACUACCAACUGAGUUGCGAUUCUGCAGAGAUCCCUGUCCCUUCCAAUCAUGGUAUUGUGGGGAUUCAGAUGGCUCAAGCUCUUUCUCAAUCCAUACGCAAACGAUGAUUUUGAACAUAUCAGUGAAUCUGAUCGACGAUCCUACAUUCUGGGCCGGCUAGAAGGCGCUGAGUUCUCCGAGUGGUCAUGGGUGGUAAUCGUUGCUGGCGUCGGCUUCUUUACCGAUGCCUAUUCCAUUUUUGCGAUUAACAUGGUCAUGCCUAUGAUCGAUAUCAUCUAUUAUGACGGAAAAAUGCAUCAUAAUUACGGAUUCGCUGUCGGCGUCGUCACGUUGGGGGGCUCGAUUAUUGGUCAAGUUGGGUUUGGACUCGCUGCCGACAUCUGGGGCAGACGAAAGAUGUAUGGAUUGGAGUUGAUCAUCACAAUCUGUGCUACUCUCGGUGUCGUUAUGGCAUCGAAUGGAAUCCAUGGAUCGAUGUCCAUCAUUGUCUGGCUUCUUGUCUGGAGAUUUGUGCUUGGGAUUGGCAUUGGCGCCGACUAUCCGCUGAGCGCCGUGAUAUGUUCCGAAUUCGCUCCAACUCAUCUGCGGGGGAGGAUGCUGACACUUGUUUUUGCGUGUCAACCCCUUGGCCAGCUUGCUGCCAGUCUAGUGUCUCUAAUUGCUAUAGUCAGACAACGGAAUGGCAUUCCCUCGGACUCAACUGCAUACACGGAACUGAUUCCACAGAAAUGCGACCCGGAAUGCUUGCAGACUUUGGACUCAGUUUGGCGUUGGAUCAUCGGUGUGGGAGUCAUCCCAGCGGUAAUCGCUCUAUGGUUCCGCCUCACAAUCAUCGAAUCACCACGGUAUACCGCAGACGUUGGCCAGGAUAGUAAGAAGGCAGCCUCGGAAUUACAUCGGUACCUUCUCUUGCAGGCGGAACCAGUAGGAGCUAGAUCCAUAUCACUCGAUAGCAACCCAGAAAUCGUCCGUAGACGAGUCUCUUCUGGCGCUGUGUCGGGUGCGAUGAGUAAUGAAUCUGGCCAAGCAAGUCGUUCGCCAUCUCCUCACAGCAUUACUCGGGCUGAAUUGCCCGGAGAAGAUACUGCUAUAAAGAAUAAUGAGCAAGAGACCAUUCGUGUGUUCUCUCUUCCACUGCCGUCUGGAACGAGCGAACAGAGACAGUUUGCCAAUACCCUUUCGUCAACACAGCAAGGUAAUGUAUUGUCUCCAUUUGAAGGACGCGACCCGUUCCGUCAAGAUCUAGAACAGACUGGCCAAAACGCCGCCCCACCUCCCCCCAGCUGGAAAGAUUUCAAGAAGUAUUUCUGGCAUGACGGGAACUUUCGAACACUUAUGGCCACGUCAUUUUGUUGGUUCUGCCUCGAUCUUCCAUUCUAUGGUUUAGGCAUGAACUCCCCAAAAAUUAUAUCAGUAAUCUGGUAUGGCAAAUCCGAUCCGCCAAGCGGAAUAUACAAACUCCUGAUUCACGAUAUCUGGCAGAGUCUGGUCGUCGUAUCACUGGGAGCAAUCGUUGGCUGUGCCAUUACUUUCGUUGCCAUUGACAGACUAGGACGCCGGAAUAUCCAAAUCAUCGGAUUUUUCUGGCUUUUCAUCUUGUUCAUCAUUAUUGGAGGGUCGUUUUAUCAUUUGUACGAGAUUGGGGGAUCAGCUGCUACUAUUGUGCUCUACAUAUUAUGUCAGAUUUUCUUCAACUUUGGUCCAAACACAACUACAUACAUUAUGCCUGCUGAGCUCUUUCCAACGCGAUAUCGUGGUCUCUGUCACGGAAUAUCAGCUGCAUUCGGAAAGCUAGGGUCCGUUGUUGCGCAGCUAUUUCUGGCCUUCAUCUACUACGGAAACGGAGUGGACUACACCCGAAUCGAGAAAUGGCUUCCCUACUCCUUACUCAUUUUCUCUAUUUUCAUGCUCCUCGGACUUAUUACCACCAUUCGCUGGAUCCCAGGUCAAGAACAUGGCCCCGAUGGAACAGUUAAAACUCUCGAGCAAUGGGAAGUUGGCCGUCCAACUCCCAACGGCUUCUCCAAUACCUGGACCGCUCGAACAGUCGAAGUGGCGUGGAAAUUCCUCACCACAAUAUCCAUGAGGCUGUAUCUUUUUGUCGAUGGCUUGGCCGGAGGUGAUGCGAGAGAACGAAGGGAGAUGGCUCGAUUGGAACGGGAGAGUGAGGCGGAUAGGGAGAGGAUGAGGGAGUUAGAGGGGCUAGAGGGAGGAAGGAGUUGUACAGAUGUGUAUGGCGGAGGAGAUCGGAUUACGGCAUUUGGGAUAGGGAAUGCGAGUGACGAGAGGGGUCCUAGUCCCUUUGUAAACGGGAGUGCGCAUAGAUCUUAAGAUGUAACUGGACUUAGAGGAGGUGGAUUGCGCCCUCGCACAGUUCUAAUUUCUUUGAAAUUUCAAGCACCUCCGAGGUCCUGUGGGGUACUCAUCCAUCAACGGGCCUUGCCGAGCGCGAGGGAACAGAGGUAACGACAGACAUGACCUUCCUCAACUUCCACGUCGUCAAACAAAAUGUAUAGUCACCAGAGAGAUAUUCGAUCGAGGCCAUGUCAAAUUCGACUUGAGCAAGUGCCAGGCUGUGACAUGCACCGCUCUGCUCAUGAAGUCGGUCUGUGAGCACUGAACAUCAUAUGAAGCUUUAGGCAUUAGACCACUCUUGCAUACAUCUCUGGCUUCUCUCGAAAUCUACCAAGAGAUAGCUCUUGGUUUCUUGGUCGGUAGGGCUGAACGAGUUGGCUCGGCGAACAAGGGUAGCGAGACGAUCGCGGAGUGGAUACUCAUUCUUGACACUUUGAAACCAGUUCUGGUCAACUUGCGGCUAUGUUCUGUUUCGUAUGUCUAGCAAUUUCUUCAACAGACUGCUGAAUGGCUUAUUGGGUCUUCUCCGAAGCUUCUUGGCCCAAUGGCCAGCUUGAUGGUCUCCUGAGCCUCUGUUUCGCUGUGAGAAGUCUGAUAUGAGGAUUAUGAGGGCAGGUACCAUCAAACUUGACACAGUGUCUUCUAUUGGAAAGCAGCUUGCGACGAGUCUAGAAUCCUGAUCUUCAAAGCCCUGGUCGAGCCCUUCUUAUCUCGAGCCCUUCUUAUCUCGAGCCCUCUCGAGC